GUUAGGGACGCCCGAUCCUAUGGUUCCCGCGAGCCAGUUGUCGACCAGCAUAUAGUAAGCCCGACAGUACGCGCGGUAUGAGGUCUUCAGUAGUGGGACGUUCUCACGACUACAUCCGGAAUCAUCGCAGUGAAUUGUGCUUUCCUGAAGAAUUAGAAUGUUAACAGUUUAUGGGUUUGCUCAUUACCGGCUCUUAAGUAUAUAAACAAAAUCUGACUACGACAACAGUAAUAUUAAUAUUUUCUAAGAUGCGGGAACUACCGCUUUGGAAUCGGAGACGAAAACGCCUACAACAACUUCACUGUGUGGCCGAGAACAUGUCCCUCUUCUGAAAGUCUCAUACAGUGUAUACUGCCGGGCCCUCUGGAUGCUGAUCACAGAUUGGUUAGCGGGAACCGUAGGAUCGGGGGCCCCUACCGACGACCUCCAUGUUGACCUAAUCCGCGACGCCGUUAAAAGCAGCGUCCGUGGCAUUGACAGUUGUCAUGACGACAAGCCCGCCGCCGCCGCCGAUGUCUAUGGGCUCCUGAUCAGGUUUUGCGUCCCGGGACAUUUCCGCACCGUCGUCUCCCAUCGCCGCUGGUUGGAUAAAUGUUACCAAUUAUGUGUUAAAAUCGGCGUUAAGUUCUCGGAUACCAUGAAAGAUCGCAUUUUACGACAUGAUCUGAGUAAGUUUUCGCCAAUGGAAGCGUUAGGCUACGCCGUUAUGUUCGGCGACGGAAGUGUCGGCUUCCGGAAGUUGGAAACGCUCGAGGAGCAGACGGAAUGGGACCUAGCUCUGAAGCACCACUAUGCUCACAAUUGUCACCAUCCGGAAUACUUCAGACAGGAUCAUCAAUGUGGCGUUUCCGUUGUCCAAUACAGUCAAGAGUCCAUGGAAGACGACUCCGACGGAAGUCUCAAUUUGGACGAGAGCAUUCUGGACAUGAUGGCGGCUCGCGGGGAACGCGAGUUAAAGCAUGAUCACGUGAUCUCCAUACAGAAGCUUCUGGACAUGCCUGCACAGUACCUGAAACGGUACACGGACGCGGACCGGAUGUACGUCACGCAGACGAUGUCGGCAUGGUCCGAGAUGGCCCGACACUUCCUGUCGGCUGAUGGAAAUGAGAAAAGUGUACAUGGCUUUUUUGAUGCACGGUCUGUCAUUUAUUAAAAAUUUGGGAUGUUAGUUACAUCAAUUGGAAAGAACAAUAUAACUGUUGAAAUCUCAGAGUCCGCUUAAUGUCUUCCUUGCCAGCAUUCUAUGCUAAAACAAUAGAACCCUUAAAGAGAAUUGUUACAUUAUCCAUGUAUACAUUUGUGAAAAUGGUCAUUUAAAAGAUUCUUUAACUCGUUGAAUGUUUAACACAUUUCAGCCAAAAAACUCUUUAAAACGAUCAACUUAGUUUUACACUUUUAACAACAAUAAUAAUGGAAUUUAAAUAACAUCAAAAUUAAAGAAAAACUGUCGAUGUUGGCUUCUUGUUACUUUUUAUUAACAUGAUUAUAUCACUAUUAUCAUGUAAACUGUAUAUACCCGGUAACGUGGCAGAAAUGACUAAUGAAGUAUGCACUGCCCUUCACUUACCCCGGUAAUGUAUUUACAACUGUUUUAAAUUGUACUUUAUCUUCUCAUGUUUUUGAUGACAUCCUUGUUGCUUUUUAUUGGUUAUACAUCCGCAUGUUAAGUUUUGUUUUUAUAUUUAUAUCCGCAUGUUAAAUUUAGAAAUAAAAUGCAUCGAACAUAAAA